AUGCGUAGCGGAAGUUGUAACAGGAACAACGGAAUGACUGACGAAGCAAGGAACACCUUCUUAAACGAACAUAAUAAAUUGAGAUCACUGGUGGCUAAAGGCAUGGCCGAAAAUCCACUCGGUUCCAACGGCUAUGCACCUAAAGCAGCGCGAAUGCUUAAAAUGGUUUAUGAUUGCACUGUCGAACAAACCGCUUUAAAUCACGCGAGACAAUGCCAAUUCAAACACAGCACAUCAAGCGGUAAUGGGGAAAACCUCUGGAUGAUGACUCCAACAAAGGAUAAUUUAACCGCGAUGGCUAUAUUGCGUGAUCUCUUUUUUGAGGCCAGUCAAUCAUGGUUCAGUGAAUUGAAGAAAUCAGGAGUGCCUCCAGAUAAUCGUCUCACUAUGGAACUUUGGAAUCGCCCAAAUAAGGUUGUAGGUCAUUAUACCCAGGUGAGUACAUCAUUUACAGUUCGAGCCUUCUAUAGCAGAUUAGGGUGCGACUUAAUUGAAGAUGGUAUGGGAGGCUUCGUACAAACUUGGCUGUGGGAUUGCGUUAUGCCAGCGGAUGACACUCGUUGUAUGUCAGUAUGCACCUCGGUAAGCUCUACUUUUUCAAUAUUUUUGGUCGUGUGCACAAAAACAGAACUGAAGUAUUCUAGUGGCAAUAUGAUAGGAUCACUGAUUUAUAACGUCGGCGAGCCAUGUAAAACCGACAGCAAUUGCCAGUGCAAUGGAUGCACAUGUAGCCGAAAUGAAGCGCUCUGCAUCAAACCAGCGUAG